AUGGCACACAACUCCAUUGUAUCAUACGGCACAUGGACCGGGAUUGCUUCGCCAGAUAGUGCGAUACCAAACGGAACCACCGGUGCGACGUACAUGGAGGGCAUGAAGAUGGUCACCUUGUGGCAAAUAUUCUACAUGGGCGGAUCCGUGUUUAUCAAGACGAGCAUUUGCAUGACCUUGAUCCGGCUCUCGGUCCAGCGAAGAUACACCUACUUUCUCUACGGCAUUAUUGUGGUGACGAUUCUCACCACCUUUGUCACUCUCAUCAGCGUCUGGAUCCAGUGCCGACCGCUGGCGGCGUCGUGGGGCGAGGUCGCGGGAGAGUGCAUGGACGUGAGCGUCCUCAUUACGCUGACCUAUGUCGUCUCGGGCCUCAAUAUUGGCACGGAUUGGUCUGUCGCCUUGCUGCCGAUUGCCAUUUUGUGGAAACUGCAAAUGCCCCGCAAGAUCAAGAUUGCCGUUUCUUUUGUCCUGGGCCUCGGUGUCUUUUCUUCAGUGGCUACGAUUGUCAGAAUCCCGUACUCUUCGGCCUACACUGCCACCACGAACUACCUCGUCGGACUUGGUCACCUCAUUGAAUGGACAGUCAUUGAAUGCGACGUUGCCAUUAUUGCUGGAUCACUGCCCAUGCUGAGGCAUCUCAUCAAGCCACUCCGAAAGGAAGACUCGGAGAAGAAGAGUGGCCAGUCCACCGAGCUGGUCACCAUCGGACGCUUGGGUCUGAAGAAGGGCCCCGUCUACGAUACGAUUCACGAGUCGGAUAAUCUCGAAUUUUUCGAUGACAAGACAAACGAAAGCACACGAUCAAUGGUUCCUAGGGGUAGGGCGUCGUAA